AUGGUUCUUCUUGCACGUCCCAGGAUCUUACUCUCAAGUAGAAGAACUCUACUUCAAGUUGCUCAAAGGUAUAAAUCUGCACAAACUGAAGCCCAUCUCCACCAUAUUCACUCCAAAGUUUCAAAUGUAUUAGGUGCUGUUUAUCCAGCUGAGAAACUGGGAUUAAGUGAAGUUAAUGAGAAUGUUUUAAAGGCUAAAUAUGCAGUCAGAGGUGCAAUCCCCAUGUUAGCAGCGGAAUUAAAUGCCAAAUUGAAAAAGGAUCCACACUCUUUGCCUUUUGAUAAUAUUGUCAGUGCAAAUAUUGGUAAUCCUCAACACUUGAAACAAAAACCAUUGACUUUCUACAGACAAGUUCUAUCACUUUUACAAUAUCCAGGUCUUUUGGAAGAAAAUGAACAAGUUUUGAUUGAUUCCAAAUUGUACCAAAAGGACGCCAUUGCGAGAGCUAGAAGGUUGCUCAACGACAUUGGUAGUUCCGUUGGUGCCUAUUCUACAUCUCAAGGUAUUCAAGGAAUCAGAGAGACCGUCGCUCAAUUCAUUACCGAAAGAGACGGUGGUGAAAAGGCUUACGCUGAGGACAUCUUUUUAACCGCUGGUGCCUCAUCAGCAGUUUCUUAUCUUUUAUCGAUCUUGUGCAAAGGUCAAGAGACUGGUGUUUUGAUUCCUAUUCCUCAGUACCCAUUGUACACAGCUUCAUUAGCUCUAAACAAUUCACAUCCAUUACCAUACUACUUGGAUGAAAAAUCAGGUUGGUCUACUAACCCUACAGAGAUUGAGGAUGUGGUUAACAAUGCCAUUGAACAAAAUAUCAAACCCUCUGUAUUGGUGGUCAUUAACCCCGGUAAUCCAACAGGUGCGGUCUUAUCUGAGGAGGACAUUUCUCAAAUUUUUGCCAUUGCAGCUAAAUAUGGUAUUGUCGUCAUUGCCGAUGAAGUCUAUCAAGAGAAUGUCUUUGAUGGUGCUGAAUUCCAUUCCAUGAAAAAGAUUUUGAGAAAAUUACAGAAAAGCAAUCCUGGUGUCUUUGAUAACGUCCAAUUGGCAAGUUUACACUCAACUUCUAAGGGUGUUUCUGGUGAAUGUGGUCAAAGAGGUGGAUAUAUGGAAAUCACCGGCUUCAAUAACGAUAUCAGACAAGUUAUCCUCAAAUUAGCUUCCAUUUCCCUAUGUCCUGUCGUCACAGGCCAAGCAUUAGUUGACCUGAUGGUAUCACCUCCUAAACCAGGUGACGAAUCCUACGAAUUGGAUCAACAAGAGCGUAAAUCGAUCCAUGAAGCCUUAGCCGAAAGAGCUGGUAAGCUACAUGCAACUUUCAACUCUUUGGAAGGUAUCGAAUGUCAAAAGCCAGAAGGUGCAAUGUAUUUGUUCCCCAGACUAUUACUUCCAUUCAAAGCUAUACAAUCCGCUGAACAUGAAGGUAUGACUCCAGAUGCAUUCUACUGUAAGAAAUUACUAGAAGCCACAGGUAUCUGUACUGUACCAGGUUCCGGAUUCGGCCAGGAACCAGGUACUUACCAUUUGAGAACAACCUUCUUGGCACCAGGUACUGAAUGGAUUGAAAGAUGGGAGAACUUCCACAAGGCCUUUUACGAAGAAUACCGUGACUAA